ACUCAAAACAAAAAAAAUCAGCGCCGACACCUUACACAAAGUAGUGCACCGCCGCAGUUUAAUCUGGCUCCUAUUUUGGCAACGGCAAUGUAGUGGUAGGUCCUUCCAUGGAAAUUCUUGGAUUAAGACACCACCUUCCACCACUUCGUCUUGGAAUGAUGUUUGGUUCGCCGUCAGGGAUCUCGCCCUCGAGAUUCACACUCUUCGACAGGAAGAGGCUAAUCUCUAUCAAAAGAUUGAUCAUCUUUGUUCAUUCUUGGAGCGUCAACCGAUCCAUAAGUCACAACCAUCGGCACUACUAAGGGUUACAGGAAUUCGCCAUACUGGUCGCCCGUCCAACAUUAAACAAGCAACAAACGAAGAGGAGUCAAGUGACUCAGUUGAAGAGCUCCCGUCAUUCACAACCAAAGAGGAGAUUAUUGAUUGUGGUCCUCCCAUUGACGGGCAUGAUAUCAAGAGUUAGGACUCCUGUUUUACUUGAGGGUGGUAGCUGGCCACAUUCUGUUUAUUUCGAGACACCCUGCCGCAUCUCCUUGCUUGAAAUUAUUUCUUUGCCUUGCCAAAUAUAUGGGGAUUGGUUCAAAGGUGGACAAUUUUUUUUGUUUGUCGUUCCGUCUCCUGUUUUGAAGCUUGAAUGGGAUCCCCCACCGUAUAUGGCAUAUAAGGUCGUUGCAGGAUCCCACGAUGUUCGCAGAAACAAGCUCUAUGAUCGGCAGUUGCUUCUCCACAUGUCGGGACUGCAAUUCACAAUCCAUAAUGAUGAUGGUUCUGAUGGUGACGUUGAUCCAAAGGAGAUGCUUAUAAUUGUUGAAGAAAAAUUUCAAGAGUCUCUACGGGUCAACAAGAAAAAGUAUUUGGAAAAUGAUAGUCUCAAAUGUGAACUUGAUGAAUUCAAACGCGAUGUGGAACAACUCACUAAAGAGUUACAGAGAUGCAAAGCAGAAGAGCUAGCUAUUCUCCAAAGGAAGUGGGUAGAACUUCUUCAAGCAAACAAGAAAACUGUCUUAAAGAACCAUCAGCUUGUUGCCAAGCGAAAUAGACUAAAGGAGGGCAUUUCAGAAUUAGAAAAGAAGAUUGAAGAACAAAAAGGGAAACAAUCUGAUCUCAAGUAUGAAUUAAAUCAACUCAAAAACUUUCACCAGUGGAUGAGGAGCGCUGGAGCAAAAGCUAUUGAGGAACAAGUGAACAUUUCAAAGUUUUGUGGAGACAAGACGGGUCUCGUAUUUUCAGCUUCUGAAAGCAACAAGACCCCACUUGACUUGUUUGUUGAUCAAAGAAACGAAGUUUCUCAAAAGGCCCCACAAAGAAGGAAACUAGAAACUGCCAAAUCUGCUGGAAAAGGCAAGGAGUUGUGACCCAAUCUAGUAUGAGAAGACACAAGGAUCAUUAUCCUAAACCUGAAAGAAUUGUCCCAUAGGGUUUCACUUGGGCAUGGGAAAGGGCGCAUCCAUUAAUCAAAGUCGGCUACUUUAAUGGGAAGUUCAUCUAUUCAUCCUUUUCCCCUGGCACUAUUGAAAACUCUAAAUAGCAUCGAGAGUUGUUCAAUCCACGCCGCCAUUUCUCACGCAGGGUUUCGAUUCCCUCUUCUCCUCCAUUAGGUUUUUGGGUACAGAGGAUUACGGUGGAUGAGGGUGCUGAAAAUCGAAGAUGGGAAGAAGCACGAUCGUUCUGUCUCCAAUCAUUUCAAACCAACUUUCUUUUUUGAUCGAAUUUACUCGUGCAUAUACUCACGGGUAACCUCUACAAUUUACUAGAUUUUUGUUGAUGUUGAGGACUGUGAGCUUUUGCCCCAUAGAUUGCUCACUUGCACUCAAGAUUUACAUAAUGUGAAUUUUGCAAGCUCUGAUUGGGAUUCUUUACUUGGUUUUUAUGCAUGGAAGAGGCACACCAAAUGCUUGACAAAAUGCCCCAAUGAAGGCACAUCAAAUGUUUUACAUUAUGUUGCAAUGAACCCCUCAAGUUUUUCUGCUAAUGAAUACUAUAUAUGUUACAAAAAUCUUAAUUUCUGGAUAUUCCUGUUUGUAUAAUCUUUUGAUAUAAAUAUGGGAAUUGUUUUUUAUUUUAAAAUAAGAUUUGUUGUUUCUAUUUUUUUAUUUUUGUGGAAGCACAUUUGCUGUUUGUUGAGUUCCAAUCUGCAUGAGUAAAUAAGUUGUUGUAACCUAAUUAUUAUCAUCUUUAUUUUCUUUAAGGCCUAUUUAAAGCCUUCAAAGAUCUAUGAUAAUAGAAUGUGAAGGAAAAUAAAAAAAAAUAAGUUCAAACUCAGUAGAUCAAGUUUAGAUCUUUGCACAAAUUUAUUUCAUUUAUUCGUUAUUAGCAAACCAGUAGGUCAUCCUAUUUUCUUUUGCUUUUAAGCCGUGUUCUUUUGAUAGAUAUGUGCAUCAAGCCAUCAACUCAUCUUAUUAAUGUGCGAUGACACAUUACUUCUUGAUAAUGCAAUUAUUUCUCUUUAUACUACAUUUGUUUAGGAACUCAGAUUGAACAAAGGGAUUAAUCUUGCCGGACCACUGCUGCAAUGGUAAAGCAAUCUUCAAUUUAAACUACUACUCUGUAUUUGUUAAAUUUUGAAAAUGUUAUUUCAGUUUUUUCCUUUGAUGUUUACCACAUCUCUGAAAUUUUUAGAAAUAUCAUACGAUUACUUUGUACCCAUUUGAUAUGUGUACCUAUGUAAAGUUUGAUAGAAAGUUCGUGAAGAUAGAGAUUCUUAGUAAAAAUGUUGCGAUGAAAAACUCCAGUAGGGUCCUUUGUAGGUUAGAAGGAAGGAGAUGUGGAUGUAGGAGAGGAUGAGUCGAGUUGGUGAAAAGGUGGGUUCAGUUAAAAUUCUUCUAGACAAGUAACAUUGUGAUGCCUCUCAAGUAUCAUGUAGAAGCAAAUCUCCUUUUUUUGUAGUGUAUGCCUCUUAGAAUUGACUUGCUGCAUUGGAGCGUUACUGUUAGUCAUUAUAUAUUAUGUAAUGAUUGUGCAUAAGCUUUGAGGCAAGCUUUUUAGCAAUUAGGCAGUAGGCUUUUCUGUGUUUAAUAAUACUACAACAAUGUU